AUGAGAGUCGGCGGCGGGCUCGGCGGCGGCGGCGGCUCCGGCGGCCCCGGCGGCGGCCGGCGGGCGGAGAUGGAGCCCAGCUUCCCGCAGGGCCUGGUCAUGUUCAACCACCGGCUGCCCCCGGUCGCCAGCUUCGCCCGGCCGGCCGCCCCCCCCGCGGCCUGCGCGCUCGGCCCGCCCGCGGCCCCCGCCGAGCCGCCGCCGCCGCCGCCGCCGCCGGACGUGACUUUCAAGAAGGAGCCGGCGGCCUCCGCCGCCGCCUCGCCGGGCGCGGCCUUCCCCGCGGCGCCGCGCUCCCCGUGGGGCUUCCUGCAGCCGCUCGUGAGCAUCAAGCAGGAGAAGCCGGCCGACCCCGACGAGCCGCCGCCGCACCACCACCACCACCACCACCACCACCACCCGCCCUUCGGCGGCCUGUUCGCCGGCGCCGAGGAGCGCGGGCCCGGCCUGGCCGGCGACGCGGGCGGCCCCGGCGUCAUCCAGGACCUGAGCGUCCUGCACCCGCAGCCGCCGCCGCCCGCCCCGCACCCGCACCCGCACCCGCGGGACGGCCUGCUGGGCGCCGAGGAGCCCAAGCCGGACCACACGCACGGCAAGAAGGCCAAGCGGCCCAAGCCGGAAUCUCAGGGAACCAAAGCCAACAGGCGGAAGGCGCCCGGGGGUGCGUCCUCGGCCUCCGCCGCCGCCUCCUCCGCCGCCUCCGCCUCCGCCUCCGCCGCCUCCAAGCCCGGCCUGGCCGACGGGGAGGCCGCGGGCGCCGUGCUGUCGCCCAGCCAGAAGCCGCACGUCUGCGACCACUGCAGCGCGGCCUUCCGCAGCUCCUACCACCUGCGCCGCCACGUCCUCAUCCACACGGGCGAGCGGCCCUUCCAGUGCGGCCAGUGCCACAUGGGCUUCAUCCAGAAGUACCUGCUGCAGCGGCACGAGAAGAUCCACAGCCGCGAGAAGCCCUUCGGCUGCGACCAGUGCAGCAUGAAGUUCAUCCAGAAGUACCACAUGGAGCGGCACAAGCGCACGCACAGCGGCGAGAAGCCCUACAAGUGCGACACCUGCCAGCAGUUCUUCUCCCGGACCGACCGGCUGCUCAAGCACCGGCGCACCUGCGGGGAGGCCGGGGCCAAGGGGGCCCCCGGCGGCGGCGGCGAGCCGGGCCCCGCGGCCCCUCCGGGCGCCGUGGCGGGCAGCCUGGCCGCGCUGUCUCAGGGAAGCGGCGGCGGCUCGUCCAGGAGGAAGUCCAAGGCCAAGAGCGCCGCCACCGCCGCCGAGAACAAGGAGCAUAAGGCGGGCAAGGCGGGCGAGUCGCCGCUGGCCAGCGGCCUGGGCAUGCAGACCUACUCGGUGGAGAUGCCCGCCCUGUCGCCGGGCGGCGGCAUGCUGGGCGGCGGCGGCGGCCUGGACGAGCUGCAGAAAAGGGUGCCAAAGCUCAUCUUCAAGAAGGGAGGCCGGAAGAGCGCCGACAAGAGCUACCUGAACUUCGUGGCGCCGCUGCCCGAGCUGGCGGGGCCGAAGGCGCUGUCCGGGAAGCCGGGCGGCGGCCUGGGCAUCGCCGCGGGCGCCGGCUCCGAGGCCCUGGGCAGCCUGCUCCAGGGCGGCGGCGGCAAGCAGGGCCCGCUCAACAGCUACGACGACGCCAUGCAGUUCUCCAAGAAGCGGCGCUACCUGCCGUCCGCCGCCAGCAACAGUGCCUUCUCCGUCAACGUGGGCCACAUGGCCGCCCAGCCCUCCGUCAUCCAGGCGGCCGGCGCCGGCGUGCUGGAGGGCGAGGCCCCGCUGGCGCUCAUGGACGCGGACACCAAGGCCUGCCACGACAAGUCCGGCAUCCCCGACGAGGUGCUGCAGAGCAUCCUGGACCAGUACUCCGGCAAGGCCGAGGGUCAGAAGGAGGACCCCUUCGGCCUGGCCGAGCCCCGCGUGGACCUGCACGCCGCCGCCGGGGAGCACGGCGAGCUGGCGCCCGAGGGCGGGCUGAGCCCCGGCGCCCAGGCCCCCGCCAGCGACAAGGCCCUGGUGCUGCAGGAGUACUCCAAGUACCUCCAGCAGGCCUUCGAGAAGUCCACCAACGCCGGGUUCGCGCUCGGACACGGGUUCCAGUUCGUCAGCCUGGCCUCGCCCCUCCACAACCACACGCUGUUCCCCGAGAAACAGAUUUACACUACGUCCCCCCUGGAGUGUGGCUUCGGCCAGUCUGUUACCUCAGUGUUGCCGUCCUCGUUGCCAAAGCCUCCUUUUGGGAUGCUGUUCGGAUCCCAGCCGGGCCUGUACCUGUCCGCUCUGGACGCCACCCACCAGCAGCUGACCCCUUCCCAGGAGCUGGACGAUCUGAUCGACUCCCAGAAGAACCUCGAGACGUCCCCGGCCUUCCAGUCCUCAUCUCAGAAGCUGCCGAGCCAGAAGGAGCAGCAGAAGGCCCUGGAGCCCCCCGCCAGCUUCCCGAUGCCCUCUCAGGAGCUCACGGGCCCGCUGGACGCCCAGAAGGACAUGGAGCCGCGGGCCACCUACCAGAUCGAGAACUUUGCACAGGCCUUUGGCUCUCAGUUCAAGUCGGGCGGCAGGGUGCCAAUGACCUUUGUCAGUAACUCCAACGGCGAGGUGGACCACAGAGUCCGGACUGCGGUGUCCGAUUUCUCAGGGUACACAAACAUGAUGGCGGACGGGAGCGAGCCAUGUAGCACGCGAGUCAAGACUCCCACCAGCCAGAGUUACAGGUAA